AUGAUGUAUUACAUCCUAGUUUUAGUUGCAGUUAUUUAUCUUUACUUAAAAUGGCACUUUUCUUUCUGGACGAGAAAAGGUGUGUACCAAAUGGAACCAUCAUUAAUUUGUGGAAAUGUGAGUGAUCUUCUCAUGAACAGGCGAAGCAUCGCCAAGUUUCUGGAUAAUAUGUAUGCCGAGUUUAAAUCAAAAGGUUUAAAAUAUGGGGGAUAUUAUGAAAUGUUUAAGCCACGCUUUGUUCCUGUAGACUUGGAUCUGAUCAAACACAUUUUACAAAAAGAUUUUUCAUAUUUUGUCAAUAGGGGUAUAUACUGCGACCCAAAAGAUCCUUUAUCAAUGAAUAUUUUUAAUUUAAGAAAUGAAAAAUGGAAGAAACUUAGGGCCAAACUGAGUCCUACUUUAUCGAUAGGUCGAUUUAAGUCAAUGUUUCCCAUAACCAAAGCUUGCUCGGAUCAACUUCGAAUUCAUUUAAAGGAAUUAUCGCUUUCUAGAGGAUAUGUAAAUAUUCAUGAAGUCGGAGCUAGAUUCACUACAGAAAAUUUUGGCUCGAUUGCAUUCGGCAUAGAAUUCAACCAUCUCAGAGAAUCGAACUUAAAGGUACUUAAAAUAUGUAUAAAAAAUCUCGUAGGAAGUUUUGCAACACAAAUAAAGAGGUUGAUAUGUUGCAACUUUCCAGAACAUAUUCUUCGAAGGACCGGGUAUAAGACACACUCUAGUGAGUUAACUUCUUGCUUUAUGGAUCUCGUAACAGGAGUGAUAGACUACAGGGAAAAGAACAAUAUUCAUAAAAAAGACUUCAUGGACGUUCUGCUGCAGUUAAAAAACAAGGGCAAUAUUACAGACGAUGGAGACUCUACGUCUGUAACGCAAAAUGGUGAUCAAGAUGAACUCUUUUUGUCGGUAUCUGAAGUUGUUGCUCAGUGCUUUGUAUUUUUUAUAGCAGGUAUGGAGACGUCAAGUACCACGAUCGAGUUUGCAUUAUUUGAGUUAGCAACACAUCCAGAUAUUCAAGCAAAAGUGAUACAAGAAGUAAAGUCUAUGCUUGAAAAAAACGAUAAUGAAAUUAAUUUUGAAGGAUUGAAAUCUUUAACUUACACAGAACAAGUCAUUAAUGAAACCCUUAGGCUUCAUGCUCCCUUACCAGCACUCUUAAGAAUAUGUAACAAAGACUACAAAAUUCCCAAUUCUGAUCUUAUUAUCGAAGAAGGAACAAUGUUGGGAAUUCCAGUGUCUUCUAUACAUCGAGAUUCCGAAAUCUAUCCAGAUCCCGACGUUUUUGAUCCUGAUCGCUUUACCGAAGAGAACAUAGCGACAAGGCAUCCGAUGGCUUUUAUGCCAUUUGGAGAAGGACCUAGGAUUUGUAUUGGAGCUCGAUUUGGUAUGACGGUUGUGAAAAUCGCCCUAGCAACCAUAUUACAAGAUUUCAGAGUAACAGUAAACGAAAAAACUCAACUUCCUCUAGAGUAUUCAAAAAAGUCAAUUAGUACUCGACCGCAAGGAACAAUUUGGUUAAAUCUACAUCCAUUGGAGUGA